AUGCCAGCGGGGCGGCGAACCCGGGCGGAUAGAGGCGGGGAGAAGUUGCCGCACGGAGGGCGGGGCGGCUGCCGAGCCGGCCAAUCGGCAGCUCUCCCGGCCGCGCCCCGCGCCGACUUCUUCCUGACGGGCGCUCUCGAGGUGAUCUGUGAAGCCUGGCUGCGCGACCUGCUUUUUGCGCGCGGGGCGCCCUCGUGGCUGCGGCGCCGCUACCUGCGACUGCGCUACGAGGACCUGGUGCGGCAGCCGCGCGCCCAGCUGCGCCGCCUGCUGCGCUUCGCCGGGCUGCGCGCGCUCUCCGCGCUGGACUCCUUCGCGCUCAACAUGACGCGCGGCGCGGCCUACGGUGCCGACCGGCCCUUUCACCUGUCGGCACGUGACGCCCGAGAAGCAGUGCACGCCUGGAGGGAGCGCCUGAGCCGAGAGCAGGUGCGCCAGGUGGAGGCCGCCUGCGCCCCAGCCAUGCGUCUGCUGGCCUACCCUCGCAGCGGAGAAGAGGGAGAUGAGGAUUCGCCCAAGGACUUGGAGAUAUCGCUGGGGAUGGAGACCGAGGGUGACACGUAGUCCCUAACAUUAACCCCGGGGGAGAAUCCGGGUCAGUCACCACGAACGGAGGUGUUCAGCAUGUUGCUCCAGCAUUGAUGAAGCCCUGAUGAAGAGGCAACCUACCCUGUCGAAAUAGGAGACUUGACUUGGUACCAACUACUGUGCAAUACUGCUGAGCAAGAAUCUUUGUGAGCUGUUCACCUCUGAUGGAUAGGCACAAUGAUUGCGCUGAAAGUUCCAGUGAAGAAGUGGCAAUGCAGUGUAGCUAAUUGUUGCCAUAAAAUAGGAAGACCUUUAGUUCCCAGCUUGAACCUACCCUGGCUGGAGCCAUUUGAGCAAGAUGUUUGCACAACAAAGAGGAAAUGUGAUUUGGUGCCAUUUCCUAUCACCAAGUGUCUGGACAAAAGCAUCGAUGUGAAUAAGGGCUAAGUGCAGUCCCCUCUCUCGCAAUUAAAUCACUGAAUAUGAAAGUUCUAGGUGGUACUGUUUUAAGCCUGACUCAUUCCGUUCUCCUUCCAAUAGCUCUCCUGAUUAGAACCUAUAUUAAAAGAGUUUUAAAAAUGUUUAUCCUUGUGUAGUGAACCCUAAACAAAUGAGCUGAAACAAAUUCACAUGGCUUUUAAAUUGUUCUAGCUGGUGUUUUUUAUGACUCUGGAAUCAUGUUAAUAACAGUCUUGUUUUAUAUGAUUACAGUUAUGUGUCAACUUGA